UAUUCUUGCAAAUUUUUCUAAUCAUCCUACAAUCUUCGCGACAUGCGUUUAUAAUGUCGUAUUUAAGGUCACAGUAUAGGCAAUAAAAAUAGUUUAAAAAAAGAGGUAACAAUGUCGCUGAAUAAGCUGGUCGGUGGUGAUUGCGGUGGAAACAAUUCGUUGGUUCAGCUGUCUCACAUAGUAAGUCGCGAUGCUCAACCUCAGCUCUCACAGGCCGACAGGUUCGUCAACGAAUUCAUGGCCCAAGCUUCGGUUCCACAAACAUUCAAUAUGAACGCUCUUCUCAACAACAUUCCAGAAGUUGAAAAAGUCAACACACAUACAAUGGCUGCACCUAGUCGGAGCUCUCAAACGUCUACGCUUUUUACGGGCCCAUCUACAUCGUUUAUGCCUCCUCCAUCUAUGAUGAGACCUUUCUCGUUUAUGCCUCCACCACCUAUGUUGCGGUCCCAACCAUCAAAUGUGCAGAUUCAGUAUGUUAACGAAUCUGAACUUGAAACUACUUCAGAACCUGAUGUGAGAGCAAAGGCUCAGGAAUAUGUAAACACAGUUGGAACAGAUGAUGAACAUGCCUACAGUGAAUUCAUGUCAUUUAUGAAGAGAAUAAGUGCUGGCGAACUGAACUUUGCUGAACCUGUUGAAGGUGAACAGGAAAAACUAAGCAAAGAAAAAAUUUUGGAAGAGAUGGCAGAGAAAUAUAAAGAUGAAUGGGACAAACUUAGCAAUGUAACAGAUUACUGGAAUUCAGAGAUAGCCAAUGGUAUUUCUGAUGAAUAUAACUUCACUGAAGGAAAUGUGAUGCUUGAAAACAAGAGUGCUUUGGAAAUAGGCAAAGAGAAAUUGAAAAUGGGAGAUAUUCCUGGUGCAGUGAUGUGCUUUGAGGCUGCGGUCCAACAAAAUCAAGAUUCAGCUGAAGCUUGGUAUUUGCUUGGAACCACACAAGCUGAAAAUGAACAAGAUCCUUUGGCUAUUACGGCACUUAAGAAAUCUUUAGCAAUAGAUCCACGACAGCUAGAGGCUUACAUUACUCUUGCAGCUGCCUAUACAAAUGAAAAUAUGCCAAAGUUUGCAUUUAUAGCUCUUUUGAAUUGGUUAAAAGCCAGUCCCAAGUACAGUGACCUGGUCCCUCAAGAUAUUGACCCUAAUACUAUGGAUACAAAAGAAUUGGAAAAUCAUGUGAAGACAUUAUAUUUGAGGGCUGCACAACUAAAUCCUACACAAAUUGAUCCUGAUGUCCAGAGUGGUCUUGGGGUAGUGUUUAAUAUAAGUCGUGAAUAUGACAAGGCUGUAGAUUGUUUACGCACUGCAUUGAUGGUGGUAAGUGAUGCCAAAUUGUGGAACAGACUCGGUGCUACAUUAGCAAACAGUGACAAAUCUGAGCAAGCAGUGGAAGCAUACCAUGAAGCUCUCAAUUUGGAACCUGGUUUUAUCAGAGCUCGUUACAAUGUGGGUAUCACUUGCAUGAAUUUGGGAGCUCAUAGACAAGCUGCAGAACAUUUCUUAGUUGCCUUGAAUCAACAACUCAAAGCUAAAGACAUGGAACAAGGUUCAUCGUCAGUCAAUAACACUUCCUUGACAAUUUGGACCACUUUGAGAAUGGUCUGCUCAUUUAUGGGAGAACAUGAGGUCACCAAAUUAGUUGAUGAUAGGAAUUUAGCUGAAUUGAAUGAGUUUUUCGAAAUUGAGUAGGCAUGUAUAUUUAACUAAACAAACAUCAAAGGUUAAAAAAAUGUGGGCACUCUAAAGAAUUAAUGGUAUGGGUAAUAGAUAAGUAAUCAUGUGAUAGCAAUACGGCAGUGAUAACUUUUAGUGUUACUAACUUAUAAACAUAUUUUUUUCUAAUUGGUAAUGAUAAAAUUUAAUAAUUGCAAUUGAUUUAUUAUAAUCAAAAGAAGCUUUACUCAACCCUUUCAUUACAGUACUUAAAUAGUACUGCACACAAAAAUGUGAGUACUUUUCCUGCCGUAGUGCUCAUAUUGAUUAAAUAUAAAAUGUUUCAUGUAUGUAAAUCAUUGAAUUUUGUCAGUAUGUAGUUCAUAUUUCUCUAUGUCACUUUUCAACAGGGCGGCAACUACAAAGAACGCACUUGGAAGUUGCACUGUAAAGCCCGUAUUUGUUUUUUUGUAAUCCUUAUAGCAAAACAGGAUA